GAUACGGAAAGUGAGAGGAAACGAGAAGGAAUUCUCAUGAAAAGAAAAGCAGGGUUAAGGUCAAGUCCAGAGUAAGGGGAAGAGCUAAGAGACGAGACACACUACAGCUGGAGAGUAACAGGACAGGAAGCUAGAUCGGAGGGGUGGUCAUAGAUGGAAGGGCUGUGAACUAAAGGAAUUUUUAGCUGCUUUGAAAAAAAAAGCCACUCAAGUUUUCUGAGAAGGAUUUUAAAGACCAGUCUGGCUGCUACACGCAUGAUAUACUAAAGCGGGACACCUGACCUGGGGAAGCCACUUGGUGUCAUUUAGCGUAAUGUGGAAGGAAGAAUGCAGGUUCCGAAGGCAGAGAAGCCUAGCUACUCGCUGUAUGACGCUGGGCUGUGGAUCUUGUCUCUGGAGCGACAGCAGCGCCGACGCCCCCACGGCCAGCUACGUCUAUCCCUCCGUGGACUUUCUCUGCUGCACCUUCACCUUUGGGAAGCGAUUCACUUUGCCAGGAGUGCAAGACGCCACGCGGGCUUACCAGGGGACAACGGGGACGACAGACUGUACCCGUCGCUGUGGUGCGAUGAACACGACACUUCGGAGGGAGGGGACCGGUCACCGAUCCGGAGGCACAUCUGUGGAAUGAAGAGCUGGCAGCAAAGCUCACGCUUCACGCAGCUGCUCGCGCACGUGCAGGCACCACGCCAGAAGCGACAGCGCAGCCAAGGGCGGAAGAGCCACGGACUCUGCCCUGACAGCGCCUCAUUGGACGGAGCAGGUGGGCCUUUGCCACCCGAAGCCCGGCGAAGACAGAAGCGCUGUCACGGAAUAAUCCGCUGCUCACUUCGGCCUGCGCACUGGGACCCCCGGGCAAGCUCUCGGAGUAUCGACGCCAGAAGACCGCCUGGGGUUUGGAUUCAGUUUAACAACAGGACAGCCGUGCACAGCUGUAGAGACAGAUGCUGCAUAGAAGUGCCCCAUUUAAGGGGUGUAUCAUUCCCAUCACACCUGCUGUACGUUUACAUGUUGGUGACGACGGCCUCCGAGAACAACUGUUCCACCCUGGGACUACCCCUAAGUGAGCAAUCCUAACGACAGCGAAGUUUGAGGCACAAAGCUGUUCCCUGAAGACUACCCUGAGGCGGUGAGCGACUGCGUGAGGACGGGACGACAACAGCCCAUCUGUCGCCGCACGCAAACCCUCUAUCGGCACUGAGCUCCCAGAUCCUCCGGUUCUAGGAAGCUGGUUUUUGCAGAAGAAGAACUGAGCAGAGGGAGAUGAGGGGACUUGCACACGGCCACACCGUCAGGAAGUGAUAAAGCUGGACACGAGCCCCGGCGGCCGGCCUGCGUCCUCACCCCUGCACAGACUGCCUUGCGCGCGAGCGCGGUCAGGUAGGCUACG